AUGAAGUUCUCCUCUGUGGCUCUUGCCAGCGCGGCCAUGGGCCUUGCCCAAGCUACUCCUCUCGUUGAGCGCGCUCAAAUCACCGAUGCCGAUGUCCUCAACUACGCGUUGACUUUGGAGCACCUCGAAGCCGCCUUUUACCAGGAGGGUCUCAAGAACUACACUCAAGCCGACUUCCAGAAGGCCGGCAUGCAGGAUCCCUUCUACGCCAACCUCAAGGAGACCGCCAGUGACGAGCAGCAGCACGUCCAGUUCUUGACCAAGGCUCUGAAGGCCGCUGGCGCUAAGCCCGUCGAGGCUUGCACCUAUGUCUUCCCUUCCACCGACGUCAAGUCUUUCCUUGCCCUCGGUAGUAUCCUGGAGGGAGUUGGAGUGAGUGCCUACCUUGGUGCGGCCGCCAGCAUCAUGGACAAGACUUACCUCACUGCCGCCGGCAGCAUCUUGACCGUUGAAGCCCGUCACAGCGCCUACCUGCGUGCCGCCCUUGGCGAGGCCCCCGCUCCUCAGCCUUUCGACAACCCGCUCGACUUCGAUGAGGUUUACACCCUCGCCUCGCUCUUCAUUGCCUCCUGCCCCGAGAGCAAUGGCAAGCUGCCGGUCAAGGCCUUCCCCGCCUUGACUAUGCCCUCCAUGGCUCCCGUCAUGACCGGCGCCAAGGUCGACCUGAUGGUUGCCGGUGAUAUGCCCAAGGACACUUCGGACAUCUACGCCGCUUUCAUCACUGUCACUGGCCCUGUCUGGGCUCCCCUUGAGUCCACUGGUGCCGGCAAGUUCAGCGUCACUGUCCCAGAGGGUAUUGCUGGCCAGAGCUACGUGGUCCUGACCAAGGGCAACAAGCAGGCUACGGAUGACAACAUCGUCGCCGGCCCCGCCAUCGUCGAGGUUGGUGAGCCCAAUGGACCCAUGGGAAUGGGCUCCAAGUGUAGCGGCAGCUCGAAGCCCUCCAUGUCCGGCUGGCCCUCAAUGACCAUGUCUAUGCCCUCCGCCUCUAAGACCGGCAUGCCCUCCAUGUCCUCGGGCAGCAUGACCUCUGCGUCCGCCGCUGCGUCGUCCUCUCCCGUCUUCAACGGUGCAAGCGGAAAGAGCGUGAGCGUUUUCGCCAGUGUCUUUGGAGCUGUGGCUGCCGUUGCUGCCUUUUUGCAGUAA